AGAAGGGGCCGCCCAGUCAGCGCUGGGCCCUCCUCGCUGUGUCCGCUCUGACACGGUGUCCUCUCGCCUAGGAGAGGGGAAGCAGAUCUGAGGACAUCUCUGUGACCAGACUAGAAACCUCCUACCCCCAGGUGAGCUCCUUCUCCAGGAUGGACAAGGGCUCCAUCUCGUGGCCCCUCCUUGGACUAAACCUGCUGCUGCUCCUGCUGGCACUGCCGUGUGGGGGCCAGGCCAGCACAGAAUGCUAUGGAAUCCCCGGAAUGCCGGGCCUGCCUGGGGCCCCAGGGAAGGAUGGGUACGACGGACUACAAGGGCCCAAAGGUGAACCAGGAAUUCCAGCUAGCUCUGGGACACGAGGACCCAAAGGUCAGAAGGGAGAAGCCGGCACACCUGGUUAUCCUGGUAAAAAUGGCCCCAUGGGAGCCUCUGGGGCUCCGGGGUCUCCCGGAAUCAUGGGACCUCCCGGGGAGCCGGGUGAAGAGGGCAGAUACAAGCAGAAGUACCAGUCAGUGUUCACGGUCACACGGCAGACAGUUCAGUACCCAGCGGCCAACGGCCUGGUCAAGUUCAACGUAGCUGUCACCAACCCACAGGGGCAUUAUGACACGAGCACAGGCAAGUUCACCUGCCAAGUCCCUGGGCUGUACUACUUUGCCCACCACACGUCGCAAACGGCCAACCUGUGCGUGCAACUGUAUCGCGACGGUGUCAGGGUCACCACCUUCUGUGACCACAUGUCCAACACCAAGCAGGUCAGCUCAGGUGGUGUGCUGCUACAGAUGCAGGUGGGCCAGCAGGUGUGGCUGGCGGUCAAUGACUACAACGGCAUGGUGGGCACUGAGGGCUCUGACAGUGUCUUCUCCGGCUUCCUGCUCUUCCCCGACUAGGGGGGAGGCCUAUUCCAGCCCUGGGUCACUCCACCUCCCUCGGCUUUCCUGCAUGGACUUGCCAUGUUGUAUCCUCGCUCAGGCCAUUCUCUCCACCUGAUGGACUCCUCCAAGAAGCCCACCCUGACACCCCACACCUCAUGAGUUCUCUUCCUUCUCAGAGCUCCUGCAGGAUUCAUUGCUUUGACGCUUAACCGACACCUCUAGUACUAUCAUUAGUUUUUUCUAAGUCUUGGAAGAGGCAGGGAGAUAC